CGCGUGGCCAUUGGUUGAAACCAUAGGUGUGUCAGGGGGUGUGCGCGCCGUGGCCUCGUCGCUACGUCAUUUCCUGUAGAGGAUGAGCGGAGGUUUACCAGCGCGUAGGGAGACGACGCAUCAAGGUUUUUUAGCAGAGCCGAGCGGGAUCUGAGCGUCCCGCGACCGAGGCGUCCGACCCGGCUGCAGCAGCUGGAAAUGCUUCGGAUUGCAGCCGCUGAGUCUGGUUCAGCUUGAUCUCCACCAUGGCGGGGGAUCUCUUUAGCCCCCCGUCCCCACUUGGGGAUUCCCUACUGGACAGUCCGCUGUGUGGAGACCUGAUGGCGGAUCUUCACAACAUCUCCCAGUCUAUAGAAGACGACAUGUUGGGAUUUGAUUUCCCGGUGUACCAGAGCACUGGCUCGGGGUCGGAGAGCUCCAUCGCACUGGACACCUUGACCCCGGCCUCCAGCCCAUCGUCGGUGGUGUGUGGAGCAGCGCCGGGCCCAGAGGAGAGCUUCAGCCCCCUCAACCUGGAGUGCCGGGUGUGCUCAGACAAGGCCUCAGGCUUCCACUACGGGGUGCAUGCCUGUGAAGGCUGCAAGGGUUUCUUCAGAAGGACCAUCCGGCUAAAGCUGGAGUAUGAUAAGUGUGAACACAACUGCAAAAUCCAAAAGAAGAACCGCAACAAGUGCCAGUACUGCCGAUUCCACAAGUGUCUCUCUGUGGGCAUGUCCCACAACGCUAUUCGGUUUGGUCGGAUGCCUCAGGCGGAGAAGCUGAAGUUAAAGGCAGAAAGCAAGAUGGUGGAGAAAGAAGUAGAAAGCCCCAUGCUGGCCGACCAAAAGAUUCUGGUCGGACAGAUCCACGAAGCCUACAUGAAACACUUCAACAUGAACAAGGCGAAAGCUCGGCUCAUACUGACCGGAAAGACCAGCAAGCCGCCUUUCAUUAUUCAUGAUAUGGAGACGUUCCAGCUGGCAGAAAGGACAUUUGCAGUCCAUAUGGUAAACGAUGACUUUCCAGAGCCCGAGAGCGGCCUUCAAGCAGGGGCAGUGAUUCUGGCUGCGGGGUGUAGGGAGCUCCAGCAGAGGGAGGCUGAAGCCAGGCUCUUCCACUGCUGCCAGAGCACCUCGGUGGAGACCGUCACCGAGCUGACAGAGUUUGCCAAAGCAGUGCCGGGUUUCCAGAGCCUGAAUCUGAAUGAUCAGGUGACUCUCUUGAAGUACGGUGUUUACGAAGCCCUCUUCACGCUCCUGGCCUCCUGCAUGAACAAAGACGGCCUCCUGGUGGCCCGUGGUGGAGGCUUCAUCACCCGAGAGUUCCUCAAGAGCCUCCGGCGGCCUUUUAGUGACAUGAUGGAGCCCAAAUUCCAGUUUGCAACACGCUUCAAUUCCCUGGAGCUUAACGACAGUGACCUGGCCCUUUUUGUGGCAGCCAUUAUCUGCUGCGGAGAUCGCCCAGGCUUGGUGGAGGUGCCUCUAGUGGAGCAGCUGCAGGAAAGCAUCGUUCAGGCACUACGGCUCCACCUGCUGGCCAAUCAUCCGGACGACGCCUUCCUCUUUCCCAGACUGCUACAGAAACUGGCCGACCUCCGAGAGCUGGUCACAGAGCAUGCUCAGUUGGUGCAGGAAAUCGAGACAUCAGAGGACACGUCGCUGCACCCGCUACUGCAAGAGAUAUACAGGGACAUGUACUGAGAAGAUGGCACAUGAUCAUAAACAGGGACAUGUGUUAGAAUAUGUAUGUAUGCCACUCUAAACUGGGUGUCUUGUCUGGGUGACAUACAGUCUUUACUUAAACUGUCAAGCAUAUCAAUGUGCUUUAAUUUGCUUAUCUAAUGUGCAGCUUAGGGGUGCCCACUGCUGUGAUUUGCAGUGUUUGCAAUAAGACUCUGUGUCUUUUUACUGGAACAAAACAUAAUGAAAUUAUUUUGGGGGGAAAGACAGCUCAUGUAGGCUUACGCUACUGUAGGCUCAUGUAGGCUCACGCUACUGCUUCCAUGAAAGGGGACACGGGGGAAAAAAAGUUUUUGAUCUUACACCAUAGAUGUGUAAAGAAAUAUUUUUUUAAAUGCAUUGAUUUUUCACUUGGAGCACUCAAAUGCUAUGGAGUGGGUUGUGGAUGC